GGUGGCGCUGUGGCAGACGCCAGGCUGGUUCUGCGGGAGAAGCAGGAGGCGCACAAUAACCGCCGCUGCCUCCCGCAUUGGACUCUUCUUUUUUUCCCCUUCGGGGCGCGCCAUGGCCGGGUAGCGGGGAGGAGAAGCCGGUGGGGCGGCCAGGAUGCUGCGAUCGCCGGCUCUGGCCAUGCGCUUGGCCAUCCUCUGGCCCCUGCUCCUCGGUCCCGGGUGGACUGCGCGGGGGAAGGAGCCUCCGAGCCCCCAGGAGGUGGUGAUCAAGGUCCAGGUUUAUGAGAAUGGCGACUUGUCCCCACUCCCUCAAGCAGCUGUGGAAGUAUAUGGCAACCAGACAUCCCUGGCUUCAGGCACCACUGACCAUGAGGGUGUUAGCAUGCUACCCAUCAGCUAUCGCCUGGGCACCUGGGUCCUUGUGACGGCUUCCAAGCGUGGCUUUGUUACAAACUCUGUUCCGUGGCGUGUCAACAAACUACCACUCUAUGCUUCUGUCAGCCUCUAUCUGCUCCCAGAACGUCCUGCAACACUUAUCCUCUAUGAUGACCUGGUGCAGAUCCUUCUUGGUUCUCCAGGAGCUAAAAGCCAACCAUGGGCACAGUUCCAGCGCAAAUCUGCCCGCCUGCCCCGCAGCUCCACGUAUAGUCAGCUGUCAGCCUCUCUGACCGCCGCCAGCAGUGGGCCAGACAUGAGAGGAUUCCCAUCCUUCAUCGGAGCUGAAAGCAAUGGCAAUGGCAAUAACACCUGGUUGGAGCUGGUGCCCAUCGUUGCAGUCAGCGUUCACCUUUUCACUGGCAAUGGGACCGAGGUUCAGCUCUCAGACUCCGUCCAUCUCUCUAUCCCACUACCUCCAGACACAGCUGCUGCAAGCACUACCAGUGUGCCAGCCUGGCGCUUUGACCUCAAGAGCGGUCUCUGGAUCCGGAAUGGGACUGGCCUCAUCCGCAAGGACGGGAACCAGCUUUACUGGACAUUUGUCUCUCCGCAGCUGGGUUAUUGGGCAGCUGCCAUGCUGUCUCCAACAAAUGGGCUUGGAAGUGGCACAUUGGGCAUUAAAGACAUUGCCACCUACCACACCAUCUUCCUGCUUACUAUCCUGGGUGCCCUGGCAUUGCUGGUCCUCAUUCUGCUUUGCUUGCUUAUCUACUAUUGCAGGAGGCUAUGUCUGAAGCCACGUCAGCAACAUAGAAAACUUCAGCUCUCUGGGGCACUGGAUGCCUCUAAGAAAGACCAGGCUACAUCUAUGUCCCAGAUCAACCUCAUUUGCACGAGUCACAUGGAAACAGCGUCAUCCAAUGGUGACACAGAUGUCCACACUCCCAUUCUAAAAUCAGCUUUUUCUUCAUCCCGGGAAUUUGAAAGCUCUCGUGAGGAAUUCUUUAAGCAAGUAUCAAACCAGAAGGGGCGUCAUACCAGCAAGGGCUCCACAGUAGACACACUGAGCCAGCGAGGGGGCCCAAAGGAAGAUUAUCCUCGAGGGAUGGAGGGCUACUCGCUCAAGGCAGCUCGUUCCAUGGAUGUCCCUGGCACACUUGAGCCCCCUCUUCUGGAGGACUACAAGCGUGCCUAUGCACAUCAACGGGCCGAGGACAAGAUGAGUGAAACACAACGCAAGCAAGGGCGUAAUGACAGCAAGGGCUACAUGCAGGAGCCCCCAUCACCUCCACCUCUCCCACCUCCCUUUGACCAUUAUGUGGGUCACAAAGGGGAUCCCAAGCCGCCUGAAUUCAUGAUGUCACAGUCUGUAGACCACCUUGCUCGCCCCACCUCACUGAGUCAACCUGGGCAACUCAUCUUCUGCGGUUCUAUUGACCACAUGAAGGAUAACAUGUACCGAAAUGUAAUGCCAACUCUUGUCAUUCCGGCUCACUACAUGCGCCUGGCACCUUCUGAUCAGGCUCCGGGGAGCUCUGAAAACCAGUCCGAUAUGGACUCCGCUGGGAUGGGACUCCCUCACCAGUUUGGACCCCAGGACCAGCGCCAGCAGCAGCUCCUCCAACAGCAGCUGCAACAUCCACAGUUCCAGCUUCAGCAACAUCAAGGGGAAGAUGGUGAUGGGAAGGGUUGGGGCCCCCACACCCAGUCUGUCAGUGGCUCAGUCACCAUCCCAGUGCUGCUGAACGAGUCCACCAUGGCCCAGCUGAAUGGAGAGCUGCAGGCGCUGACCGAGAAGAAACUGAUAGAGCUUGGUGUGAAGCAGCACCCACGGGCCUGGUUUGUGUCACUGGAUGGGCGUUCCUCCCAAGUUCGCCAUUCUUAUAUUGAUCUCCAGGGUAAUGAGAGGAGCCGGAGCAACGAUGCCAGCCUGGACUCAGGCGUGGAUGUGAAUGAAGCCAAGCCACCUAAGCGCCUGAAAGAGGAGCGCCUAGCUCCUUCUAUGGGCCCCACUUACUCCAAGCUUGUUUUUGCCGACGCCGACACAGAGCCGAGCAGCAGCGAGAGCCGCACUGCCAUUUGCUCACCGGAGGACAACUCACUGACACCCCUCUUGGAUGAGAACACAGACCAUCGUGCUGCUACUAUUCCACGGCGUGGGCGCAGCCGUGGCAACAGCUCACGCAGCAGUAACAGCAACAGCGAACUGCGCCGUGACUCCAUGACCAGCCCAGAAGAUGACAGCAACGACCCUUCUGAAGGGACUGAUGACCAGGGAGACAAGAAGAGCCCCUGGCAGAAACGUGAGGAGCGGCCCCUCAUGGUUUUUAACGUGAAGUAGCUCACUGGAGAAUGGGCUCCAUCCUCAUGGUGCAGUGGGACGGUGUGGGGUGGGUCACCAGGACCAUGGAGAGCAUUUUUCUGUGCAAGUCUGGUGCAGUUUCUUCUUCUCUCCAUCUAGACGAGUUCUUGGCAGAACAGAAACCCAAGAGGUCUGACAACAAAACUAAACGGGACAGAGAAAGAAACGGGGCAGCCAAGCUAUGCUUCAUUCUUUUCCCAGCAUGCUCUAUGGUCACUCCAGAUGCCUGCUUUGCCCUGGGAAUGUUAGAAAGUGUCACAAGGAGGUCCUUUUCCACCAACACCAACCACUGUGAAUCAAGCAGCGUGGAACUCCAGGAACUGCAGCGACUGUAAUAGUGGCAAUAGACGUUUCGCUGCUCUGUGAUUCUCUGUCAGUUUAUAGAAGGAGGCUAGGCCUUGUACUGAGUGGUUCCAGUUCUGUUCCAAGAACCCUUAGCACUCCACCCAGCUUGGCAUUGCCAGAACUCGCAGUGGCCCUUUCCCGGACACAUUGGGAGUUGAGGUGAAAUGGAAGGCAUUUAGUGGAAUCCUUUAGCCCCACCUUGCAGUUGUGAGUGGGGAGGACAGCAUUGUACAGUUCCUUUUUAAAAUUCAGUCCUGUGGAUUUUCCAAGCCGUGGCAUGGUUUGGAGGGAGGAAGGGGCAGGUGCCCAAGGGCUCUAGGCUGAUGCCCGUCUUUACCUGUCGUGCCUCAGUUCCCUCAACGUCCUGGGUUGCAGUAUAGUGCCCAGAUGAGUGGGGAGGGGAGGGUUGGGGAGUGGGGGCACUGGUGUGGCUAACUGUACAUAUGUGUGUGCAUGCGUGUAUGUUGGGGGUGGGUGGGAGUCUGAGCCAGGGUGUGUAUGUAUGGGUAGGUGUGUCAGUUGUCUGACCUCGCUGCCAAAUGAACUCCCCAGCGGAGUCAUCUCUGUGCCCCCUGCUCCCCUUUUUUUCCUUGUGCCUGCAACUCCUCUGUCUCCUCCAAGUGCCUUCCAUCCUCAGCCUCUCCUUCCCACCCUCCCCAUCCAGGCAGCUGUGAAUGAAACCUUGGAUGCCCACAGAGGGAUGGAGACAUGCCAUCUGCUCUGAGCUGUUCAGAUCUUCCUUUCUCUCUAAUCCCUUGCCUCUGUAGCACUUGGGAGCUUGGUGGGGGAGGAGUCGUGCUGAAGGAAAUGGAGGCCGUCAUCACAUCCCCGGCUUGUAAGCCCAGCUACACCAACUGGCUAAGCCACCAGUCUGGGAAACAGCCCCAACUAGGAACAUGGUUGUGGUGGUGACAAAUAUCCCAGAGGGAGAUCAGCAGGACCAAAUAUUGGAGUGAGGGGUUGUCUGAUGGUGGAUUGGGGGUGGGGGGUGAUAGCUUAUAUCACACUUCAUGCACUGGAGGAGAGGAAUAUUUGAGGUGCCUCCUGAACAGUUCCUGGUGUACCCAAGGAGAGCAUUUGUGGAGGCCUUGCAGGCCAGUAGGAAACAUGGAGGUGAUAUCUAUAGAAAGAAAGCCACAAGCUUGCCCCAAGUAGAGUCUUUUUUUUUAACCAAACAAGAUGGGAAUAAACAGGCGUUAGGGCUGUUGUAGGUUGUUUUUGUUUCUUUUUUUUUAAGAUGGUGAGCUUUGGCAAUGAUUUUUUUUUCUAGCUCAACUUCACACCACUUGAAGAUAAUAAAUGAUGCUUUCUAGUAGAGGUGAA